AUGCAACCACCCAAAUUUUCUUCGACUCUUCCCCACAACAAACCAUCCCACACCAUCAAAAACCAGAUGCAACCACCAAAUUUCUUCACUCUCCCCACAAACAAACCAUCCCCACACCAUCAAAACCAGAGCAAGCCACCCAAAUUUCUUCACUCUCCCCACAACAAACCAUCCCCACACCAUCAAAACCAGAGCAACCACCCAAAUGUCUUCACUCUCCCCACAACAAACCAUCCCCACACCAUCAAAACCAGAUGCAACCACCCAAUUUUUCACUCUCCCCACAACAACCAUCCCCACACCAUCAAAACCAGAUGCAACCCACCCAAAUUUCUUCACUCUCCCCACAACAAAACCAUCCCCACACCAUCAAAACCAGAAUGCAACCACCCAAAUUUCUUCACUCUCCCCACAACAAACCAUCCCCACCACCAGUCAAAACCAGAUGCAACCACCCAAAUAAUUUCGUUCACUCUCCCCACAACAAACCAUCCCCACACCAUCAAAACCAGAUGGCAACCACCCAAAUUUCUUCACUCUCCCCACAACAAACCAUCCCCACACCAUCAAAACCAGAUGCAACCACCCAAAUUUCUUCACCUCCCCACAACAAACCGAUCCCCACACCAUCAAAACCAGAUGCAACCACCCAAAUUUCUUCACUCUCCCCACAACAAACCAUCCCCACACCAUCAAAACCACCUCCCAAACCACCCAAAUUCUUCGCACCAUCCCCACAACAAACCAUCCCCACACCAUCAAAAACCAGAUUGCAACCACCCAAAUUUCUUCACUCGUCCCCACAACAAACCAUCCCCACACCAUCAAAACCAGAGGCAACCACCCAAAGUGUCUUCACGCCCCAACAACAAACAUCCCCACUACGCAUCAAACCAGCAACCACCCAAAUUUCUUCCUCUUCCCACAACAAAACCAUCCAUCUCUCUAUUCUCUUGGUUUAUUUGA